GUUAUUUCUCAGUAGAAAGCGAAGAUGUUUGGUGCGAGGGGAAAAGUGAAGGUGUGUAAUUUUGUGCACAACGACCAAAUAUGGAAAGAUCAUGUAAAUCGAGAACUCUUAACCCAAAGGCGAUGGCCGGAUAAGUGGGGAUUUCUCGCGAAUGAAUACCUCCAGUUACAGCUAGAGACACUGAGAAUCGGCCAAGACGAAUUUGAUGUGGAGGAAGAACUUAAAAAGGAGGGCGUGGUGACUAGUACAGAGAACGAAGAGGAAUCAGGGACAGAACAGGCUCAGGCGUCGCCAAGCAAUCCCAACAAAAUGCCCUUUCCAGAGACCACAUCACAAAUGAUUGGACGAAAGGCCGAGGUGUCGCAAAGAAACGAGAUCGAACGGAAUGCUCGCGGAAAGCAAGACAUAGUUAAGUUAUUCAAGUGGCCACGUGAGGGCGUGUAAAGGAAUUAGACAUCCGAAGUAUAAAAUACACUGCGUUGUGAUCUGAA